UUAUAAUCAAUCGAAUUCUAUGAUGAAAAACCUCAUCCUAUUUCAAAUCAUUAACAUCAUUUUAUUAGGAUAGAAAUAAUUGGAAUAACAUAAUAUUUAAAAAUGAAUCACAGUCUUCAAUUUUUCAAAAGUUAACCAGCCUGCAAGCUAGACUAUUGUCAGCCAUCUUGGAAUUGAAUUUGUUGAUGCUCUGCUCGUUCGUGCUUGAUGCUAAAAAUUUUGUUUAAACCUGCAAAAUAAUUCGAAAAUAAGGGAUAUAAUAAUUAUUAAAAGAGAUUUCCGUAGAGUGAUUACCACUAAUUAGGAAUUUUGAUUAAAAUCAAUUAGAGUUGGUUGUGUGUAGGAGUGAAAUCAGCCUAAACUAUGUCUCACACAAUUCUGCUCAUACAACCCGCCACAAAACCCGAGAGUCGAACCUACACUGACUAUGAGUCUGUUAACGAAUGUAUGGAAGGUGUUUGCAAGAUUUACGAGGAGCAUCUGAAAAGGCAGAACCCCAACACACCGGCCAUCACCUACGACAUCGGACAACUGUUCGACUUCCUGGACGAACUCGCUGACCUCUCAUGUCUCGUAUACCAGAAGAGCACCAACACUUACGCCCCAUACAACAAGGAAUGGAUCAAAGAGAAAAUCUACAUUCUUUUGAGGAGGGCGGCUUCAGUUGCCUCUAAAUAAUGGGCUGACUGCAGUACUACUUUUUUUUGAAACUACUAUUAUUUGUGUGGUAAAUAUCGAAGCUGCUGUAUUAUGUAUAAUAUUAUAUUAUGACAACAAUGGAUAAUAAUUCUUAUGUUUUAUUAUUUUUUAAUUAUGAGGUGAACUGUUGAACAAGGACAGUUGUAUUAUUUAUAAGAUUAAAUGACAAGUAAAAACGA